AUGGCCACUUCUAUUCCACCAAUCGAUGAUUCUCAUACAAAGAUCGAUGAUUCUCAUACAAAGAUCGAUGAUUCUCAUACAAAGAUCGAUGAUAUGCGUCUUGAAAUUUUCUGUCUUAUCUGGCUCGAUGCUAAUGCAAACGUUGAAGAGAAUCGAAAUACAGAACAAAGAUUACGAUCUAUCAUUAAUCGUCUCAUGAAUUUUCAAGAUAUAAAGCAAUGCCAAAAAUAUAUUGAAGAACGAUCACAAAAAGAUCGAUUAGUAAUGAUUGUUAGUGGUCGAUUAGGGCGAGAAAUAGUUCCUUCAAUUUAUAAACUUCGACAAGUUAUAUCAAUCUACGUAUAUUGCAUGGAUAAGACAAGUAACGAACAAUGGGCUCGCAAAUUUGCAAAAGUUAAAGCUGUUGUUGUUGAACUUGAUGAACUCGUUUCUCGAAUUAGAGCUGAUCAUAAAAUUCAGAAAAUGAUAGAAGAACCAUUCUCAAUUAAUAUUUUUACUGCGGGUACAUCAACAAUGGGUGUAAACGGUCAAUUUGUUUUUUCUCAAGUUCUGAUUGAUUGCCUUCAACGGCUAAAAUCCACUCAGAAGGAUAAAAGAGAACUAAUUGAUUACUGUACACAGCAAUAUAAAGACAAUGAUAUUGAGUUGAGCCAUCUUGAUGAAUUUGACAAGCAUUAUUCACCUAAAAACAUUUUAUGGUGGUACACAAGAGAAUCAUUCUUUUAUAAGACUCUUAAUGCAGCUCUGCGUACACAAAAUAUUCAUUUAAUUUUUUUAUUUCGUGCAUUUAUUUUCGAUAUGCAUUGUCAAUUGAAAAAGUAUCAAGUUAAACAUCCUCUACAAGUUUAUCGAAGCCAAAUGAUAUCAAGUGAUGAAUUGAAAACUUUGAAGCAAUGUUGUGAUCAGUUUAUUUCAGUGAAUUCAUUUUUUUCCACUAGCACUGACAAACAGCAAGCUCUUUCAUUCCUUAACACUUCUGAUGCUAUGGACAACUUAGAACCAGUACUAUUUGAAAUCACUGCCAAUCCUAAGAUGAUCACUACAAAACCAUUCGCUGAUAUCAGUCCACAUAGUGAAUUUCCUGGUGAAUCAGAAAUACUUUUUAUGCUUGGUUCUAUCUUUCGUUUGAAAAGUGUCAAUCGCAGUAGUGAUGACCAAGUAUGGAUUAUUCAAAUGACUUUAUGUAGUGAUGAUGAACAUGAGUUAAAAAACGUUCUCAUGGAUAUGAAACAACAACUUGGAAGUGGAGAAACAGAUCUUCGAACAUUAGGAAGACUACUAUCGGAGAUGAGUAAAUUUGAUUUGGCUGAAAAAUAUUUUAUUCGCUUGGUACAACAACUUUCAUUCAAUGAUCCUUUACUUGGUGAUUUGUAUCAAGAGCUUGGCAAACUGGCAUCACAAUUUCAAGACGUAACACAGUGUCAAAAAUAUAUUGAAGAACGAUCACAUAAAGAUCGACUAAUAAUGAUUGUUAGUGGUCAAUUAGGACAAGAAAUAGUUCCUUCGAUUCAUAAACUUCAACAAGUUGUAUCAAUAUAUGUAUACUGCAGGGAUAAGAAAAAGCACGAACAAUGGGCUCGCACAUUUGCAAAAGUAAAACCUGUUGUUGUUGAACUUGACGAGCUCAUUUUUCGAAUUGGAGAGGAUCAUAGAAUUCAGAAAAUAGUAGAAGAACCUUUGUCCAUUAAUAUUUUUACUACAAGUACUAGUGCAGGUACAUCAACCGUGGGUAUUAAUGGUCAAUUUGUUUAUUCUCAACUUCUGAUUGAUUGUCUUCUCCGAUUAAAAUACAUUGAAGCAGAUAAACAAGAACUUAUUUGCCUUUGUAAACAGAAAUAUGAAAAUGACAUUGCUGAAUUACACAAUCUUCAUGAAUUUGAAAAGAAAUAUUCAGCAAACAGAACUCUAUGGUGGUAUACAAGAGAAUCAUUCUUUUACAAGACUCUUAAUGAAGCUCUACGUAUGCAAGAUAUUCAUUUAAUUUUUUUAUUUCGUGAGUUUAUUUUCAAUAUUUAUAAUCAAUUGAAAGAAAACCAAGCUAAAAAAACUCUACGCGUUUAUCGAAGCCAGAGGGUGUCAAGUAAUGAAUUGGAACCUUUGAAACAAUGUCAUGGCCAGUUAAUUUCAGUAAAUUCAUUCUUUUCCACUAGUACUAACAAACAAAAAGCUCUUUCAUUUCUUAAUCUUUCUGAUGCCACAAGCAACUUCGAAUCUGUACUAUUUGAAAUUGAUGCUGAUCCUCUCGUAACUAUUACAAAACCAUUCGCUGAUAUCAGUCCACAUAGUGCAUAUCGUGGCGAAGAGGAAAUUCUUUUUAUGCUUGGUUCUAUUUUUCGUUUGAAAAGUAUCGAACGCAGUAGUGAUAGUCAUGUAUGGAUUAUCGGAAUGACUUUAUGUAGUGAUAAUGAACAUGAAUUAAAGCACGUUCUUAUGGAUAUAAAACAAAAACUUGGAAGUGGAGAAACAGAUCUUCGAACAUUAGGAAGACUACUAUCGGAGAUGAGUAAAUUUGAUUUGGCUGAGAAAUAUUUUAUUCGCUUGACAGAACAACUCUCACUCAAUGACUCUUUACUUGAUGAUUUAUAUGAAGAUCUUGGCAAAAUCGCAGCACAAGCCGGUAAUUUCGACAAGGGUAUGGAAUGGCGUAAGAAAGCUAUUGUAAUGAAAAAGCAAAGACUAUUAGCUGGUAAGCAACCAUUUUAUUCAGUUUACUAA